UGUGUGUGUGUCGUCAUUAUUUGUUGUCUCGUUUUUUUUUUUUUAUAUUGUUGUUUUUUUGAAUUUAAUUAAUUUUAUGGCAACAACAAACACGAAAUCGCGAAAAAUCAUUGUGUGCACCCGUCCGUCUCGUUCUUGCCGCUCUCGAUUGUGUGUGUGAGCCAUGGAAAUGUCACACACAUUCACAUGCACAUGCAGGUUCUGGCUGAGAAUGUGAGACUGUGUUAGUGUGCAAUCAACGAUUCCUUUAGGAUUCGAUCCAAAAAGAUGGUCAAAUCUCUGGUUGCCAAGCUGUCGACAGCCUCCUCGAACCUCUCUCUGGCCAGCACUUUUGGCGUCGGCAGCAGCCACAGCAGCGGCUCGACAGAGGAAACAAAUUACGCAAAACAUCGCAAUGAUCCGGGACGAUUUUUCGGCGAUGGCGUUCAAUUCAAGGCCAAACUCAUUGGAAUACUGGAAGUGGGCGAGGCACGGGGCGAUCGCAUGUGCCAGGAGGCACUGCAGGACCUCAAGAUGGCCAUCCGUGCGGCUGGAGAGCACAAGCAGCGCAUCACCAUUCAUGUGACGAUCGAUGGACUGCGGCUGCGGGACGAGAAGACGGGGGACUCGCUGUACCACCAUCCGGUGCACAAGAUCUCCUUCAUUGCGCAGGACAUGACGGAUUCGCGAGCCUUUGGCUACAUCUUUGGCUCGCCGGACAGCGGGCAUCGAUUCUUUGGCAUCAAGACGGACAAGGCGGCCAGCCAGGUGGUGCUGGCCAUGCGCGACCUCUUCCAGGUUGUCUUCGAGCUGAAGAAGAAGGAGAUCGAGAUGGCCCGCCAGCAGAUCCAGGGCAAGUCUCUGCAUGAGCACGCCAGUCAGCUGGCCUCCUUGUCCGCACUGAGAGCCGGAGCAGGGCAUGCAGAUCUCGCCAGUGGCGGCCACCCCCUCACCCUGAGUUCGCUGUGCGGGCAGGAUGCCUACUCGAACGGAACCACGCGACUGGGCGUCAAUCUGGAUGUGGCCAAGACCUCGGGAGCAGCAGCCAAAGAAAUCUCUCCCGAAUCUGUGGCGGAUCUGGUGGAUCUGGAGCAGGAGUUGACCUCCUUGCAGCGCGGCAUCACCCAAAUGGAGAGAAUUACGCCUAGUGAGCCGGGCAUGCAUCAUCCCUCCAGUGGCGGAGGCGGCAGCGGGCAUCCCGGCAGCCUGGCCAAAUCUGCCAGCGAGGACGAUCCCUUCGGGGACUCUUUCAUAUGCGUGCCAUCGUACAGCAUAUUGCCGCCGCCUCCUGAAUCGGGACGCAACCGACACAAGCCCCAGAAGACACCCGAGUCCGCAGCCGCUCUGGAUGCCAUCCUCUCGCCUCCUGCUCCUGGGGCAAGCUCCUCCCCAGCUCCGGGCGUUGCCUGCCAGGCCUCUGGCGUCGACAACGACGAUGACAGCUGGCUGCACGAGUUGGAUCAGCAGAACGAUGUCUUCGACACCACCAAUGUGGUGGCCGCUGUCCUGUCGAUGGCUCCACUGGCGGCCAGCGAAUCAACGGCCACGCCCACGCAACAGUUGACGGAAAUGUCGGCCGCCGCAGCAGCAGCCACAGCGUCCACAUCUCUGGCGGAUCUCGAUAUGGGAGGAGCACUGACGGGCAUUGCGGGAACAGCUACAACAGAGGAGCCAGCAAUCAUGUCGCUGGAUGCAUUCACGGAUCUGGAUCCGCUGGGCACCGGUCGCACCCGGCCGUAUGUCGAUAAGAAAUACUUUUUCCAAGAGCUUAAGAAUCCACCCAAGAAGCUGCUCAAGGAGCUCAGUGGUGCGGGUGCCGGCGGUUUGGGUUUGGACUCCGGCAGUCUCUUUUCCACGGAAGAGGAGACAGCAUGUACGGGUGCGGGUGGUGCCAUCACCACUACCAUCGCUACCAUGACCACCACCACAGCAGCAGCUACUAACAUCACAGCAGGGAAUUCCGAUCCGCUACUAACCACCGCCUCCAGUGCAGCCUCCAGUGGUCUUCUGGGCAGCCAUCACCAUCACCAACACCACCACCACCACCUGCUACUAACCAGCUCCAGCGCCGCUCCCGCUCCCACACCCACUCCUAACACCACUCCUGCUCCUGCUCCUGCCCCCGCUCCCGCUCCCGCACUCUCUUUUCCCAUGUUAUCCGCCAGCGCUGAAGACUUUUCGUCCGCGAAGCUGAAACUUUUGCUUAGAAGAUCGCCCCUCACUAAUCCACAACCACCACCCACUUAUCCCCCCACAUGUGGGUCCACCUAUUAUACCACAGAACCGCUGACAUCCUCCAUCAACGCGACGACGACAACGACGACACUGGAGGAUCAUCAGGAUCCGGCGAAUCCUGUGCUGCUGCCACGCGACACGGAUCCCUUCUCGCCGACGCGCAAAAAGAGCGAUCCGGAUCCCUUCCAGGAGGGGGAUCUCUUUGCCAAGCUGGAUGCCUUCGAGUUCGAUGCACCUACUCCGCUGCCAGUGGCUGCCGCAAUCCCAGUACCCGAAACCAGGACCAGCGCUUUUAAUGGACCGCUUCAGGUGCAGCUGCCUCCGGAGAAAGGGGAGCAGGUGAGCACCGUGAGGAAUCGUCCCACUGUCUCUGCCUCCUCGCUGCCCAAUCCUCUUGGCGGCGGCGGAGGAGGAGGAGGCCCCCUGGAUGUCAUCUCCAGCAUCAGCAACAAGAAGAUGCCGCAUCUGUUUGGCCAGGCGAGGGGUUUCUCAAAGCGCGGCGACUCCUCCUCCUCGGAGAUCGGUUCCAGCGUCAAUAUGCGCCGCCUGCAGGAGAGCGAUUCCCUGAGCGAAACGGAGGCUGCCCCAGAGCCACCGCCUCGACCGGAUUCGGCUCCCUGCUCUGGGCCACCGCCUCUGCCGCCCAAGAAACAGUUCAGCGAUCUGGUGAUUCGGCCCAGUCCCGCUCCACCGACUGCCGGUCGGUAUGAGUAUCUGAACAGCAGUUCCUCCUCCACGCGACGCACCCUGUCGCACUCGCUGGCGGAUUCACCGCCGAUUCCAUUGCCCUCGCGUCGCGUGGGACGCACUGAAGCCUGCUUCCCGGGUCCCGGGCGUCCACGGAAGCCCCAUCAGCCGGAGGAUGAUUAUAUGAUACCGCUGGGACCGCCACCGCCACUGCUGCCGCCACCGAAUCAGGUGUCAUCAUCAUUAUCAUCAUCCACGGCCAGGGCGCGACCCCAGCGGCAGCAAUCGCUGGGCAGGCCACAGGACAUUUACGAGAACAAGGCGGAGAUCCUGGCACAGGCCGCAUCCCAGGAGGUAUCGGUGGCCCCUGCUCUUCCGCCGGACAUUACGCUGACGCAGUUGCUCACUUUGGGAAUGGAUGAUCUGGCCGUGAAGCUGAAUGUUCCCGCCUCGAAGCUGAGCACAAUGACCCUGGUGCAGCUGACGUCCUACCUAUCGGAGUACUUGUCCUCCAGCGAGAAGACCAGCCAGUCCCUGGCUCCCCCCACUGCUGCAGCUCCUGUCGCGCCACCACCAGCCACAGUGCCGGCCGCCUCCUCCUCUGCGGCUGUCUUCAAGGUGAGCUUUGAUCAGCAAACGUCCUUUGUGGCCUCCUUUGACGACACCUUUGGCGAGGACGAAGCAACGACCGGGGUGGCCUCGCCGCCCGAAGAGGCGCCCAUUUUUGUGGCCAACUUUGCUAACUUCAAUGAGGCACCGAUCCCUGCGGCUGUGGCAGCGCCGGUGGCUGUGCCCUCGGCGGAUCGCUAUGCGGUCUUUCGCGAGAUCAUCGACCAGGAGCUGCAGCAGCAGCAGCAGGAAACGGAUCUCAUGGGGGAUCUCACCCCACCCCCCGUCGACGAGCAGGAGACGGCACAAGAGCCCUCGCUGGUAUUGGAGGCUCGCACGGAGCUGCCACUGAUCGAUUCCAUUGUGACGAGCAGUGCGCCUCCGUCUGCCCCGCCCCCGCCUCUGCCAAAGAUCGACACGAAGAUCACCGAAGUGGUGGCCCAGGCCAAGGAUCGCUAUGCGGCCCUCCGGGACAUUAUUCUGGUGGAGAAUCUCUUCGACAAGCCGCAGACGCAGUCGCAGGCUGCACGGCCGCCGCCGCCGGAGAAGGAUCUGCUGCAGGACUUUCCGGAAUUCAGCGACGAAUUCAACGAGGAUCAGGACCUGCGGCAGAUCAUGGACCUACCGCUGGCCGAGCAGCAGCAUCCGCAGGAUCGUCAUGGCCUUGUGGACAGUCGCGGCUUCCCCGCCGAGCCCUCAUCCUCUGCCCUGACCGUGGACGAUGAUGACGAGGACGAGGAUGCCGAUGCGGGGGGAGAGAGCAGCAUGGACAGCAACGAAAAGGAUGGGGAGCCGGUAAGCGGGCAGGAUAAGUACGAGAAGUUGUCCACCUCCACACAGCAGCUGGAUGCAGUGGUGCCUGCCUCCCUCCUGGAGGAGGAGUCAUCCUCCAUUCCGCUGCCCCUCGCACCCAAGCAGGAUCAUAAGUUCCUGUCUGUGCUGACGGCUCCCCCAGUUGCCAGUGGGAGUGGCAGUGCCAAGGAUGACAUCGAAAUCGAUGAACUGAUGCAUCGAGCCAUCUCCAAUCUGUCGCUGGACUCGCGGGAUCGCAUCUCGCCGGCCACCUCGUCGGCGGCACCCUCCCGAGGCGCACAGAGUCUGGGCGUGCGCACGCCCUCGCAGCAGUUCAACGAUGUCAGCACAUCGCCCAUUCCUCUGCAGAAAUCGCCUGCGGUGCUGCAGCCCUCGCCCGUGCCGUCGCAUCUGUCGGCCGUCUCUCAGCUGAUAGACACCGCCACCAAGCAGAUGAUGAGCGAACGCGAAAGGGAGAAACAAUCAUGGGCCACCUUUGAUUCGCCCAAGGCCAAGGGCAAGGCCCGUCUCACGCUGCCACCGCCGCCGCCGCCUGCGUCCAAUACCUCGCAGCAGGACACUGCAGAGUCGCCGUGCAGUUCGGAUCCCCGCGAUGAUGGCUGGUCGAAGCAGCAGCGUCGUUGGGCCAAAAAGGAGCGCCAUCAGACUUCGUCCUCGUCCAGGGAUCUGAGUCCGUGGGAUGACGAGACACCAGAGUAUCUGAAGAGACGGCAAAUGGCACAUGCACAGCCACAGCCACAGCACACGGAUCGCCAUGGCUACUAUAUGCGGCAUGCCCGAAGAAUGAACUCAUGCGAUGAGGAUUACGACUACGAUGCAGAGUUGAUGGCUCGAAGGGAGCGAGAGCAACAGCAAAGGAAGUUCAAGCAUGGCCUCUCGCGGAGUAGGGAUAACUUUGAUUUGGAUUCGCCCAGUUGGUAUCAUCAUCCCACACAUCACACCUGGUCGCCGCAGGAAAUCGAACAGGGAGUGCGUGCCCGCUCGUUUGAGCGCAGUGCCUACGAGCGGUCCAGCUACGGGCCGCCCAUGUACGCGGACAAGCGGGGCGGACAGCAGCAGCAGCUGCGCAGCAAGUAUCGCGGGGAGCGAGAGCGGGAUCGCGAUCGAGAGCGUGAGAGGGAGCGCGAGUACAGGGAUUAUGCGCGUCCCAGCUACGAUUUUGACUACGAGAAUGUGUACGAGGAGCAGCGCGGUGGACGCUCGCCCAUGGCCUACAAAUCGAGCGGCAGAGGUGCAGGAGGAGGCGAUUACAUGUACGAAAGGGAGAGGGAACGGGACAGGGAUCGCAAGUCCUUCGAUCGCGAGAGCCUGGAGUCCUUUGAGAGCGCCACGCGGCGCAGACGGAGCUUUGGCAGCGGCAACGAUGUCUAUGGCAGCCUCGACAGUCGCGACGAGUAUCGUGGCGGUGUGGACCGAGAGCGCGACAGGGGUGAGCGCGAGCGGGAGCAAAUGAAGACGCGAUCCCUGAGGAAACCCACCACCACCUCGGGAAAGCUGCGCAUCAGCGGUGACAUUGACUACGAGCAGGAUUCGGAGCAGGACUUCCAGCAGCGUGCAUCGGUGAGGAGUCUGCAGCGUCCCAGUCAGCUGGGUGGCGAUGUGGUGCUGCCUAUCGGAGGAGGAGGCGGCAUCGGCGGUUCCCAGCGACUGCGCAAGAGCAGUGGCUCCAGUCCCUGGGAUGGCGAGGAACCCGCUUUGCCUGGCCAAAAGUCCUGGAAGCGUCCUGCCAGUGCUGCCGAAACAGAGCGACGUCUGGCAGAGAGUCGUCGGGCCGUGGCCUUGGGACAGACGCCCUCAGAUGGGGAAAAGGAAAGAAGAUUCCGCAAGAAAACUCGAGCACGCAGUGCCAAAGACUUGGCCACUGUUGGGGGCCUUGGCUCUGGCUCGUCCUCCAUUGUGAAUCCUCCACCCCCACGCUAUGUGGGCGGCAGUGGGCGUGGCAUGCGGGAUAACUACGAUUAUAUGAGCAGCCAUCAGCUGCAACAGCAGCAGCAGCAACGCAAAGAUGUGGAUGUGGACGAUGACGAUGUGGCCGACGACGAUGACGAUGAUGAGGAUUAUGUGGAUGAUGAGCCGCCCACGGAUGAGGACAAGUUCGAGCGACUGAAUCGCAGGCGCCACGAGAUGCACCAGCGGAUGCUGGAGAGCGAGCGCCGUCAAAUGGAGCGACAUCCGACGCUGUCGAAGCUACAGUCAACGCAGAAUCGUUCCCGCGGAGCAGGAGGAGUGCCACCGGUGAUCAACAGUGACUAUGGCUUUGUGGAUAGCUACGAGCAGACGCCCACACCGACGCCCCGAUCGAAUGCCAGCAGCACGGUCGCCGGAAUGAUGAGCGGCGGCAUGAUGGGCAGCGGCGGGGAGUCCUCGGCAGGCGUCGCCGGUGGCAAAUUCAACUUUGACGAUGGCUUCGAAUCGGACUUCAAUCAGAGCUCUCCACCGCCAGCGCCCGCUGGCACUGCCUCCAGCUGCAAUUCGACGCCCGCGGGCCCCAUCUCGGGUGGAAGUGUGGCCAGCGGCGGCUCCAAGUCUCUGUUUCGCUUCUCCAAUGACUUUUCGGAGAAGGGCGGUGACAAACGGGAGCACUUUGAGAUGGAUCCGCUGCCGACAUCAACGCCACCCAUAACCCAGAAGCUGCGAUUCGAUGAUAAUGUGAAGAUCUCGCAGUUUGAUGACGCCGCCUUUGAGGAUGAUUUUGCCAAGGCUUCGUUUGACUUUGAAAAGGAGCAGACGAGUGCCGGCGGAGGCGCCACAGCGUCUGGCGGAUCUGUUGCUUUGACUAGAAAACAAAAUAUGCGCACCACAAAAAUGCAGCAGCGCCAGGAGCUCAUCAAGAAAUCGGAAUCUGUUAAUAUAUUUGCCAAAAAGCAGGAGGAUCCCUUCGAGGAUGAUGAGUUUUUCAAGUCACCCGAUCAGGAUCAGGAUCAGCAAAAGGACAAUGAUGGAGGAGAGGCCGCAGCCACAGCAAACAAUAAAUUCCAGUGGAACGAGGAUGAGAACUUUGCGAAAUUCGAUGAAAAUAUGUGA